GAUCUCCUAUACUUUGCAACGCAUCUCAUCCAUUUCCAUUGACACAUCCCACCACUCACCGAUUUAAAAUUUCUACUGAUAGGAAGGUGCAAGAAUUUAUAAGUGCUAGGUAAUAUCUUUACUGGCUGCACUCCAUAUAGUUUAAGAAAUAUUUCGUUUAUUUUCAUUCCCUGGAUUUAGCAUAAACUAGACUAGCGAAGUUAACCCCAUAUAAUUUAAAAUGGCAACUCAAAAGAAGUAUAUAUGUGCCUUUUGUGCCAGAGCAUUCACCAGAUCUGAACACAAACAACGUCAUGAACGGUCUCAUACUAAUGAGAAACCUUUCCAUUGCCUACAUUGUACUUCAUCAUUUGUAAGAAGAGAUUUAUUACAAAGACAUUGUAGAACUGUUCAUAAUAGUCAAUUAAACCCUAAUAGUUUACCAACCAAUAAAUCCCUAAAUAAUCCUACUAGUUCAACUACUAGUUCAACUAUCUUGAAUGAUUCUACUACUAUUACCACCACUAGCACUACUAAUAAUAAUACCAACAAUAAGAAUGGUGCGGCAGGUCCCACCACUUUAACGUCUUCAUCAUCUUCUAGCUCCGUUAUUGAAGAAAAUCAUAAUAUUAUGAAUGAAUCAAAUGAACCUUUAUCACCUACCGAUAAUAUAAAUACGAAUCCUAGUACAACCAAUAUAGGCCUUGAUGAAUAUACUAGCUCAAUAGAACCAAGAAGUAUGAGUAAUAAUAAUAAUAAUCAUUCCAAAAAGAGAAAGAGAUCAGUUUCAGAUCAUGGAGAUCAUCAUAAACAAACUCUUAGUCCAACUAAUCAUCAAUUCUCAUCAUUUUCAACCAAUUCAAAUUCUUCUUCAAUAACAACUACAUCUACUACUACCACAUCUAAUAAGGAUAUAAUAAAUCAUGAUCUAAUACAUUUACUUUCUAUAACAAAAAAAUUGGAAACAAUAUUAAAUAAAUUCGAUAGAUCUAAUGAAAUUCAUUCGCUUAAUGAUAAUUUCCUCAUUGGAUAUAUUCAUUUACUAGAAUCUUCAUCUAAUUACCUUGUAUUUGAUAAGAUUUUGAAGGAUUUAAUUUUCAAUUUGAAUAGCUUUUCAAAUGGUAAUGGUAAGUCAAAUAAUAGUUUCAAGAAUUCUUCUUCUCCUCAGUCCAAUGGUAUGCAAACAAGUCAUUCCCAUAAUCUGCAACAACAACAACAACAACAACAGUUGAAUCAUCCGAGUCAUUUCAAAAUUGGUAUAAUCUACUCCAUUAUCUCCAUGGGUUAUGUAAUCAAUAAGAAUUAUACAAAAUCUAUACUAUUCUUUAAAAAAUCAUGGAAUUUACUAAUUAAAAAAUUGAUUCCUAGUUAUAAUAAUAAUAAUAAUUUAUUAGAUCAAAUUGAAAUCCUUAAUAAUUUAUAUUUAUUAUCAUUUAUUUAUCUUGAAUAUAAUCUUGAAUCAUUUACCAAUCUUUCAACAUCAAUGGAAGAAGAUGAUACAUUUAUAAAUAAUGAUAUAAUAUUAAAUUAUCUUAAUGAUAUAAGUUUUAUAAUAAUAUCAAAUUUAAAAGAUUUAACUAGUGCCAAUGAAAAUUUAAUUGAUUUAAAUGUUAAUUUAUUUUGGAAUAUAUAUAUAUUAAUUUCCAAUUAUUUAAAAUCAACUCCUCCAAAAUUCUAUUCAUUCUUUUUAAAUAAACAAGUUAAAGGAAGUGAAACUUUAUUAACAUUAAUGAGUAGAUUUUCUAAGAAUUUUAUAAAUUUAGAACAAGAACUGGAUUUUCUAAAGAUGAUUAUAAUUUCUACAUUAUCUAAUGAAUUAAAAAAUUACAAUAGUGGAGAGAAUUUUCUCGUAUUUAAUUCAAAGAAUUGUUUACAUAAUUCUGUUAUUCUUAUAAAUAAAUCUAUUAAUAUUCAUCAUGUUAAUAGAAAUUUAAUUCAAAUAAAUUCAUCAGAUCUUAAAUUAUUUGAAUUAUUUAAAAAAAAUAUUAUUGUUAGUUCACCAACAAAAUUUCAUGAAUUAUUAAAUAAUUAUUUAUUUAUACCUCAAAGUUAUUUUAAUUGGGAUCUUUUAAAUUUAACUCUUCAAGAGAUUAAUUUAAAUUUUCCUAUAAAUCAUACAUUAAGAGAUUUUUUAAUUAAUCGUCAUAUAUUAAUUGAUAAUAAUAUUAAAAAUUAUUUAAAUUAUAAAGCAAAUCCAAUUGAUAUAAAUAAUAAUUUAAGUAUUAUUAGUUUCCCCAUAAUAUUUUUUGCAGAUUAUUUAAAUUUAGGAAUAAUAAAUCUUAAAAAAUUAAAUCUUAUUCAAAUUAAUAGUAUUGCAGUAUUUAUUUAUGAAUGGUAUUUAAUUAUGGCAAAAGUAUUAUUUAUAAUUUGGAAUAAUAAUGAAUCAUUUAAUACUAAUUAUAUUUUACAAAAUUUAGUUUAUUUAUUAUUGGAUAAUAAAUCAAGUUUAAAUAAAAAAUUAAAUAUUGAUACUUAUUCAUCUUCAAAUAUUUCCAUUAAUAAUUCAAAUACUUCAAGUAAUUCUCCAUCAUUAAGUCCUCUGACUGGACAAACUAAUUCUAAUUCAAAUUCUAAUUCAAAUUCUAAUUUACAAGAUGAAUUUGUAUUUAAUAGUAAAUGGUUUAUGAUGUUAAAUAAUAAACUUAAUACAAUAUUUGAUGGUUGGCUGGAUUUUAUCACUGAAGCAAUUCAAGCAAAUUGUAUGGCUAUUAGUACAAAUACUACUAUAAAUAAUGUAGGAACUCAAAUGAUUAAUAAUUUGGCAGUAUUAAAGAUGAAUUUAUAUAAAUUAACUAAUGAAAUGGUUCAAGAUGAAUUUUCUAAACUUAAUAAAGAAGAUCAUUCUCAUAGUAUUAAUCAAAUUUCUAAUUCAAGUGGUUCAAGUUAUCUUGGACAAAUGGAAAACAAUACUUACAAUUAUAAUGAUUAUAAUAGUAAUAUUGGAGGUUAUAGAAGAUCUAAUUCAAUUACUAUUGGAGUUCUUGCCAAUUCUCAUGGUCAUUCAGGUAUUGAAGUACAAAAUUCUCCAAUAAUUUCCGGUCCUAAUGCAGUAUAUACUACUACUAAUCUUACUCCUACUCCUAGUAGUAAUAAUAUUAAUAAUAUUAAUAAUAAUAUUAAUAAUAAUAACAUCAACAAUAAUAACACUACCACAGGCAUUAAUAAUAAUAAUGGUAAUAAUUCUAAUGGAAAGUUUAGCUAUUAUAAUUCCUAUGCAACUUAUCCUCCUCCUCCUCCAAUCUUAUCAUCAUCUUCUUUAUCAUUAAACAAUAGUAAUUCGAAUAGUGCAAAUGAUAUAAUGGCUCCGUCCAACGCAACUAUUAUUGGUACUAGUACAAGUACUAGUGAUUUCUUAUUACCUCCUAUUCUACCUAAAGGAGUUAAACUGAGUGAAUCUCUUAGUGGAGCUACAGGGUCUAAUGAAUUGGGAGAAGAUGCAAGGUCUCUUAAAACUUUGAUACCUAAUGUUAUGAGGAAAUAACUACAACCACAACCACAAAUAAAACUUAUGCUCUUAUGAAACUUAUUAACGAACUAUUAUAUCUACAUUAACGUU